AUGAGCACUGCGCGUCCGUCGUCGAAAUCCAUGCCCGACAAUGCGAACUCCACAUCGCACCAUGUCGACUCGAAGCAGGCGAGGCGCGGCGGCCAGAGCAUGAACCAUCUUCUCUCCUUCACCCUCCCACCCCGCAGUAGGCCGCCCCUCUCCGCGCCAGCUCGUAGAUCGCGUCGCGGCGCCAACUACACCCCCUUCAACAAGGAACGCUACGUCAAUGCGCAGUACCGCUUCCUCGUCAAGCCGACCGGCGACUACACCGCGUACUUUGCCGACCCGGACAUCUCGCUCAACUGGGCUGAUAUCCUCCAGGUUGUCAUUCCUACCUCCUCCGCACUCACGGGAGUGGGUACCUCCGCUCCUGUCUCGGACCAGCCGCGCGAACCGGCGCACGAAGGAGCCGCGUGCCCGAUCUGCCUUUCGCCACCCACAGCACCGCGUAUGACCAAAUGCGGACACGUUUUCUGCUAUCCAUGCAUCCUGCACUACCUCAACAUCAAGGACGACGACCAAGCCAGGCCUACAGCAUCAGGUGUGCCCACGCCGGUACAAAAAUGGCGGCGCUGCCCGAUCUGCUGGGACGCCGUGUACGCGCGCGAUCUGAAGGCGGUCCGAUGGUGGGACGCAAAGGCGGCCGCGCGCGAGCACGAGACGAGAUUGCAGGAGCAGUUCGACCUCGAACGCGCGCGUCAUCUGAGCGAGCUGGCGGAAGAGCAAGCCGAGGUGGCAGAACCUGAUAUCUCGAGCGAGCGCUCGCCAUACCUGACGCACUCGCAUCCGGACAUGCUCGCCCUGCGUCUGAUCGAGCGGCCCAACGUCACCACGCUUGCGCUGCCGCAGUCGACAACUUGGCCUACGCUUGAGCUUGAUCAGCCGCUCAUCGCGGUGCAUUCAGCGCCGUGGCACUUCCAGCCCGACGUGUUCGGUUUCGCCAAGUUCAUGCUAGCGUCGCCCGAGCUGCUCAUCGAGUCGCUCGACAGCGACCUGCGCGAGCUCGAGGAGGAGAUCGGCGUGCUCAAGAGCUUUGGCACCGACGCGAGUGGGCUGCACUUUGUGGCACUCGCGCAGACCAAGGUCAAGGACCAGAUGCAAAAAGUGCGCGACGAGCUCGACCUGCCCAUUGUGCGCAGCACCAUCGGACAGGCGCGCAACAAUCUGCAAGACCACCAAGCAGCACUUUCGGGCAAGCUUCAGCGCACGGACCUCAGCCGACGGCAGCGCAAACGUAUGGAGCGCUCGCAGACGGACGAAGAAGGUGACGCCAGAGUCGGCCACGUCACCAAGAAUGACGGCGCAGCAGCUCGUGACGGCACUCCCGAGGCCGCUCUGGGUGCUGAGGAAUUUCUGGCGCUGCGGGCACAGACACAAGGUGGCAUGAUGUCGCAUCGGUCGGCGGAGGGCACUUCGACUCCGCACACGGAGGACGACGCAAACCACGGUGCAGUGCCGAAGUUUGGCUCAACUCGCCAGCCCAAGACACGCAAGAACGUUAAUCCGCCUGUGCCGGAGACGUCGUCGUACGUGUUCUUCCAGGCAGCUUCGGGUCAGAGCAUCUUCCUGCACCCACUCGACACCAAGAUCCUGCUGGCGCACUACGGAGCGUAUUCGAAGCUUCCACGCAACCUCGCGGUCAAGGUGUCUGGCGCGGACGAAGGAAGCAUGAACGAGGAGCUGCGGCGUCGAUGCAAGUAUCUGAGCCACAUCCCCAUGGCCGCCGACGUGGUGUUCAUCGAGGUUGACUGGGAAGGCAUGGAUUGGAUCGACAAGGCGACGCUGCGGCCGUACGAGCAAGCGCUGAGGCAGCGACGCAAUCGACGCCGCGACAAGGAGAGGCGGGAGGAUCGCGCCAAGACGCGUGCCGAGCAGGCCGAACUCAUCUCGAACCAGGGCGGACCCGCAGCGGCGGCGGCAUACCGCAGGCAGCAGGAGCAACUCGCUGCGUUCACGAGCGAGGCCAACUUUCCCUCGGACGGAUUAUCUCGCAGCUUCAACCAUGCCAAGGGAGGUGGACAUGGCAGUGCGCACGAGGACGGGGGCGCAGGUACCUCGCCGAGCUUCCGUGAGUCGGCGCUGUUCGGUGCGGAACGCGAGUUUCCGAUCCACCCUGGAGCGCAGGCGACCGAAGACUUUCCGGACUCGCUCGGCGGGACGCGUCAGCGCAUGGAUCGCGUCUCGAUCUCGUCGGACGACCAGGCCGAGCGCAGGGAUGCACAGGCGGCCAGCAGAAGGGUCAAGGCCACAACGGCCCCGGUCAAGAAGACGGUGUGGGGCACGCCUGCAUCCAAGGCGAGCUUUGCGAAUGCGAUCCAGGGCCGUGGGUCGGAUGCGCAGGGUCUGUGGGAUGAUCAGAUGGACGAUGCAUGGCACGAGCUCGAGGAAGACUAUAUUCUCGGGUCCACCUCGUCAGGUCGUAGACCGACCGGCGCCGUGCGGGAGAGCCGUGGCCUGAACAAGCAGACCAAAGGUCCCAAUGGCAGGAGCAGCGCCAAGGCGCCAGUGCCCGCCGGCAGCAGCGUGGUGCCUGGCGAUGGUACCAACGCAGACCGCCCUGCCGCAAUAUCAGAUCAGGCAGGCAGCGAGACGAAGCCAGAUGCACCUGGAGCGGAUGCUGCUACGGCCGGAGCUAAAGCGAAGCGCGUCAAGAAGAAGCUCAUCCUCACUGGCGGCGGCGGCGGGCGCGGCUCACGCUAA